GACGUCUUCCCAACUUUGACUUAUCAGAGGUUGCUUUUUGUUCAACUAAAGUAAACGCAAAACGAUCUUGCAGACCCUGCGGCUAGUAACGAGCGAAAAGAAAACUGCAACCGGAAAAGCCGGAUGAAGUCUCUCUCUAAUUAUCGCUCAAGGAGAACGUCCUUUGGUUUGUUGUGGUCACUCUGUCUUGAAAUAUUCUCAUAGAUAUCUUUAAAAAAAAAAAUAAAUAAAAAUAGCUUCUGUUUCGAUCUUCAAAUAAUCAACAACAUUACUGCGCAUUGGGUUGAGUCAACUCCUGGACAAAUUUGAUUGGCUUGCGUGAGAGGUGCACGAGCAGAAGGGAGAAAUGGACAAUGACAUCGAAGAGCAAGAUACUUUUCCAGUGCAGAGGGAUGAAGGUGGUGAGAACCGAGCAGAACGGAGUAGAAGGGGUCUGAGGGUAGAGAAGUUUCAGAAGAAAGUCUCUAGAUGUAUGCUUCCAGUGGAGCUACAAGAGACGUACUUGGAGCGAGCCAACUGCUGUCCGCCACCUAUUUUCAUCAUCCUCAUCAGUUUAGCAGAGUUGGCAGUAUUUAUCUACUACGCAGUAUGGAAGCCCCAGAAGCAGUGGAUAACCUUAGGUACGGGAAUAUGGGAGAGUCCCCUUACCUACAAACCUGAACAACGCGAAGAGGCAUGGCGGUUUGUCUCCUACAUGUUUGUGCAUGCCGGGGUGGAGCACAUCAUGGGUAACUUGUUGAUGCAACUGCUGCUGGGCAUUCCCCUGGAGCUGGUGCAUAAAGGUUUUGAAGUGGGCAUGGUCUAUAUGGCUGGGGUCCUUGCAGGUUCCCUCGCCAGCUCCAUUUUUGAUCCUCUCAGUGCACUUGUGGGGGCCUCAGGUGGUGUCUAUGCCCUCAUGGGUGGUUACUUCAUGAAUGCUGUGGUGAAUUUCAGGGAGAUGUUUCCGAUUCUGGGAGUGUUUCGGAUCCUAGUUAUUGUUCUCAUUGUUGGGACAGACGUUGGCUUUGCACUUUACAGAAGAUUUAUUGUCCAUGAGACUGCCAUGAAGGUGUCUUUUGUGGCCCACAUUGGAGGAGGUAUAGCCGGCAUGACUAUUGGUUAUGUGUUUUUCACCAACUACAAUAAAAAACUCCUUAAGGACCCUCGCUUCUGGAUGUGCAUUGUGGGAUACAUUGCCUUCUUUUUGUUUGCUGUCAUUUUCAACAUCUUCUUGUCCCCAGCACCCGCGUGAGGGUGCGUAUCUGUAAUGGUUUAAGCCUUGUUCACAACGCCUGUGUUCACAAUGGACAAUCGUUGUUUUUUAUUUUAUUUUAAAUAAGCCUUUCUCAGGUCAAUAAAACUCAUAAGACCGUUCUAUUCGUCAUUGUGUCAACAGAUUUAAGGUUGGAUGCUAAUACACUACACAGAUUCUAAAGUAAAUCAAAUGUACUGUAGAUUGGAUUGAAUUGGAUUGUGAAAUGCUGUAAUUGAUAUCCAAAUAUUCACUUUUUUGGAGACCUAAGCAUACCUCCUCAUAUAUUUAAAUCCUCAGGAACAAAGAUAAGUUUAAUAUUUAUAUUUUGAUGGGGUUGUUUCUACAGGACCAUUUAUUUUUUAUUAACAUGAUUAUUGAGCACGUUCUGUGUUCAAUACAAGUUGAGCUCAAUAGACAGCAUUUGUGGCAUAAUGUUGAUUACCACAAAAAUGUAUUUUGACUUGCUCCUCCUUUUCUUUAAAAAAAAAAAGUAAAAAUCUGGGUUACAUCGAGGCACUUACAAUGGAAGUGGAUGGUGGCCAAUAUUUUAAUGUUUAAUAUUUCAAAAGUAUGUGUGUAAACAUGGUUUUAGUGUGAUAAAAUCACAUACUAACCAUUUCUGUGUAAAGUUAUAGCCAAUUUUACAACUUUGUUGCCAUGACAAUGUCAUGUCAACAAAACCCUAAAAUGACAGUGAAAGACAAUUUAAGUAAUGUACAGCUUGAAUAAUGAAUGUGUUUUAACAGAGUAAUUAAUGUAAAAGUGCCUCUAUAAAAUUAUAAGCUUUACAUUUCUGCAUGUUAAGCCCUCCAAAAGUUGACCACAUUCACUUCCAUUGUAAGUGCCAGCACUGUAACAUUAAUUUUUGCUUUUUUUUAAGAAAAGGAUGGAUGAGUCUAAAUUUUUUUUUGUGGUAAUCAAUAUUAUGCCUCAAAUGCUAUUGCUUGAGCUUAAAUUGGAUUGAACCCAGAAUAUUAAUGGUUAUUUGAAAUGCUUUGUCAUUUUAUUGACAAGAUUAUUGAUAAAAUGCAUAGAUAUAAUUUUUACUUAAGUUUCAGGGGGGCCUGGGAAGCUCAUCGAGUAUUGAUGCUGACUACCACCCCUGGAGUCGCGAGUUCGAAUCCAGAGUGUGCUGAGUGACCUGCUUGGUUCCUUAGUGUGCCAGCCACCUAAGCAAUCAAAUUGGCCCAAUUGCUAAGGAGAAUAGAGUCACAUGGGGUGACCUCCUCGUGGUCAUGAUUAAUGGUUCUCACUCUCAGUUGGGCAUGUGGUAAGUUGUUCAUGGAUUGCAGAGGGUAGCAUGAGGCUCCACAUGCUGGGAGUUUCCGCGUUGUCAUGAGGAAAAAAUGGGAGGAAUUUUUUUUUUAUUGGCAUGUUAGUAUGCCAGAAAUGUACAUUUACGCAUUUGGCUGACGCUUUUAUUCAAAGCGACUUACAGAGCACUUAUUACAGGGACAAACCCCCCGGAGCAAUUUGGAGUUAAGUGCCUUGUUCAAGGACACAAUGGUGUUGGCUGUGGGGAUCGAACCAGCGACUUUCUGAUUACCAGAUUACCAGUAAUGUGCUUUAGACCACUACACCAUCACCACUCAUGGAUGGCCCAACGGAACCCUACCAUUAUAGGCCUGAAACUCGGCUAAUAAAUUGGCCAUUUUUCUCCAAUUUGUGGUUUCAGGAUGGAUUUUAGACAUCUAGAGCCAAAAAUUACCUUCAUGGUUACAACUUACCCACCCCUAGUCUAGAAAAAUCUACGUAAUGCCAUGUAGUUUUCAUUGGAUUUCUCAUCUUAGAAUUCCAGUAGAGGGCAUCACUGAUCAACAUGUGGGCAGACCUCAAACUGAGGUCACACCAAUGUAGUUUAAAUGUGGUAUUGCAUAAGCUAUUGACCUGUGAUCAAUAUGAAAUUAUGUCAAAUCAUUGCCAAUGACACGCAUCUAGAACUACCUUUUAAAAAAACAAAUCCCUGUUACCAUUUCAUUCUGUUUUAAAGAUGGAUUUAAGGUUGGAAUUGUAAGAUAUUUGUAAAUUGUUUUAGGAGAAUUGUUUCUACAUUUCUACAGAUAAAAAAUUAAAUAAAAAUGAUUAUACA